AUGACAUCGAUUAACAGUUUUCCCAGGAAUAUUGACUGGCCUUCCAACAUAGGCAUUAAAAAAAUAGAGGGAACUAAUCCAACGGUGAAUGCCAUCAAGGGCUUGUUAUAUAAUGGUGGAUCAAUUUAUGCAUUUCUAUAUUUUGUUAUUGCUAUGUUUGUUGAACCAACGCUACAAAAGCAGUACCAGCAGAGAAAUGAUUUUUCCUUGUUUGUUUUGUUGCGUUUGAGAAGAAUCAUAGCGCAAUUGCAAAAACGACUGGUGAUGACCCCAGUAUCGUCGUUGGGGUUCAACGAACAGAAUAACUUUGUGGAGAGGUCCACUCAAACUUCAGACGACAAUAUAAUACGAGAAGAUAAUAGCCAUUGGGCUGAAAUGAUUUAUCAACUGCAAAAUAUGAAACAAGAAUUACAGUAUUUUAACAGAUCCUCAGGCCAACCAUCUGAAAGUAUAGACGAUUUUGUCUUUCAAAUUAAGAUGGUGACUGACCAGGUUGAGUUAACAGAUAGGUCCCGAGCUUUCUCAAAUAAAUCAAGAAAUAUUAUACAGGGAAUCCGAGAAAUCAAAGGUUGGUUUGUGAAUGGCCAAGUGCCAAGGUAA